CAUCCGGGUCUUUGGACUUCGCGCUCCACACGCCGGCCCCGGGUUGCUGGGUGCUGGUUGUUUCCGCCGUUCCGACAUCGGAAGUGCGGGUGGGUCGGCAGGUUUGAACUUCUUGUCCUGGAAGCUGUGCAUCACCAUAAUGAGGCUUGUAAUUCUUGAUAACUAUGACUUGGCUAGUGAGUGGGCAGCCAAAUACAUCUGUAAUCGCAUCAUUCAGUUCAAACCUGGACAGGACAGAUACUUUACAUUGGGUUUACCAACAGGAAGUACACCUUUAGGAUGUUACAAAAAACUAAUAGAAUAUCACAAGAAUGGAGACCUUUCUUUUAAAUAUGUAAAGACCUUUAACAUGGAUGAAUAUGUAGGACUUCCCAGAAAUCAUCCUGAAAGCUACCAUUCUUAUAUGUGGAAUAACUUUUUUAAGCAUAUUGAUAUAGAUCCUAAGAAUGCUCAUAUCCUCGAUGGGAAUGCUGCAGAUUUACAAGCAGAAUGUGAUGCUUUUGAAAAGAAAAUAAAAGAAGCUGGAGGAAUUGACCUUUUUGUUGGAGGAAUUGGUCCAGAUGGUCAUAUCGCUUUCAAUGAGCCAGGAUCCAGUUUAGUAUCAAGGACAAGAUUAAAGACUCUAGCAAUGGACACCAUUUUGGCAAAUGCUAAAUAUUUUGAUGGAGAUUUAUCGAAGGUGCCAACUAUGGCUCUAACAGUUGGUGUGGGGACGGUGAUGGAUGCAAGAGAAGUAAUGAUCCUCAUAACAGGUGCACACAAGGCAUUUGCUCUCUACAAAGCAAUAGAAGAAGGAGUAAAUCACAUGUGGACUGUUUCUGCUUUCCAGCAGCAUCCCCGAACUAUUUUUGUGUGUGACGAAGAUGCUACUUUAGAAUUAAGAGUUAAAACUGUGAAAUACUUUAAAGAUUCUAAGCUGUUCUGAAACAUUUUGAAGUAUAGAAUAUUCAUGAGAGAAUCGCUGCACUGCUCUUUUGAGGACAUUAUUUUCUAAUAUGGAUCUGUAUAUAUUUCUGGAGAGGUUCAGGGUAUCAGCCUGUCAGAGUGCCUCCCAUCAAUAUGGAGAAAAAUGGAAUUGAGAUAUUAUUCUGGGCUAUAUGCAGACCUCAUUUUACAGUAAGGUAUUUUAAUACAGGGUAGAAUAAUUGAAUAUUCAUAACUUAUACGUAAGUAUAGUUUUAUAUAUUUGCCAUAUUCUCAUUGAGGUAUUUUACCACUUUAAGAUGUACCGGAGGAUAUGAAUCCUAUAGUUACCUUCUGUAGUUCUUCAGAUUCCAGUCACAUUACUACCCUAUCUUCUGCCAUCACUAAAAUGUGCAUAAAAGGGCUCUAAUUAUGUAGGUCCAGAAGAAAAUCUAGGUUCUAAAUCUAGCAUCUAAAACAAUAAAAAUCAAUGCAAAUGGAAGUUUCAGUAUGUACCUUUUGGAAGAUAGAAGUAAAUUGCAGGAAAACAGUUUAAUAUUUUAGUCCAAUUUUUUUGUUUGUGCUGAUUUUAUAUAAAGCCUGUGUUUUAUGUCUUCGAGAGUAUAUUUUCAAGACCUCCAUCAUUAUGGUGAACAUUUUUGUUUGUUUCAUCCUUUGUAGACCCUAUUCCAGUAGCUUGAGACAGAGAUUGAAUGAGUCAGAUGGAGUCAGAACCAUAAAGUUGACAUUCAGAAUCUAUGACAUUUAACUUCUUCUGGCAACAUGUUAGGAAGUCUGUACAUUUUAGUACUCAGAAUUUAUUUUUUUCUGUUAAUGAUUCAAGUAGCAAUGAUUUGUUUCUAUCAAUUCUUGUAUAAAAAUUGUUUUACCUUAAGUCAUAAUAAAUUCUUUAUCAUCCAAAAUGCAUUUCUAGUUUGGAAACAGCCUUAUGUGUAAAAGUUACAGCCAAUGUAUAGUUAAACUUUAUAUAGAGUUGAACUUUUAAUGUUUAUUCUGAUGUUUGGGGUUUUCAAGUUCUAAUGUAUUAUUUCCAUGAUCAAAGCUGUAAGUAAAUGAUAGAUGAAUUGUAUCAAGUAGAAUGAUCCUCUUAAUUACAGUGGCUUCUCCAUAUGAGGUUACAUCUUCUCAACUGAGUGGCUAAAAUUACCAUUGUUUCUGUGUCCCCUCUCCUCCUAGGUUUCUCCAGUUACCAUUUUACUGCUCUUUACAUUCUGGUUGUUGAAAUGGAUUAAACUUUUCAGUUAAAUUCUGUUUUUAAUAGCAUUGGUUCUAUUUAGAGAUACUACCUGGUUAAUCAUUUUCAUUAGCAAAUAUUUCUUCUGCACUAUAAAAAUUACCCUUUAAUGUGUAUUUUUAGUAAAUAUAAAUUAUAUUUUCCAGUUAGUGUCAUCAGCCAAGAAAACAGGCCAAAGUGCCUUCAAGUACAUAGUCUCACAUGGUGUUAGUAAAAAAAAAAAAGAAAAAAAAAAAGAAGUGUAAGAUCUCUUCCUGAAAGUAGUUGACUCAGCAUCAUAAAAACUUGGCUUUAUAUUAAGUGAUUUGAGAAAAUAAAAUGUAAUAUAUUUCGUUAAAAGCUUCACAAAGGUGAUAGGGACUUAAAUUUUGUUCACUGCAUUAUUUCAGCAUCUGGAAGUGUGCCUGGUACAUUGGAGGCAUUUGAUAAAUUGUGGGUAGUUGGGACAGAUGGAUGGAUGGGAGAACAUAGAACUAUGAAACCACCAGUCUAACCACUAAAUUAUGUAAAAUCACCCUAUGAAGCCCAAAGGAUAUUAAAUAAAAAGAAUUAAAUAGUAGUUGAAGAAAACUUUUUUUUGAGUUGAUAGGAUGGAAAGCCCUAGAAAAUAGAUGAUAGCACUCAAAUUGGGAGGAAAUAGCUCUUCCAUAAAGCUAACAGGAGCAGAACAAGUUCCCAUUAAUAAGUUCAAGUAUAUAUAUUGAUAAAGGCCUAGACUGUAUUUUUUUUUUUUUUUUUUGUAAUCUCUACACCUAACAUGGGGCUUGAAUUUACAAACCCAGAAUCAAGAGUCACAUGCUCUUUCAACUGAGCCAGCCAGGAGACCCUGGGCUAGAUUAUACUUUAAAAGCAAAAGGAAAUGUAGAGGUUAAGAGCAAAAAGGAAAACCAGGGUUCAAAUGUCAUGACUCUUCACCUCUUUUGGGUCAUGGACCACUAUGAAAAUCUGGUGAAGAGACUGUCCUCAGAAAAAAAUGCACACAUACACACACAAAUUUGUAUAUUAAUGCGGGAGAAUCAAAGACUCUUUGAACCAUCCCUAGCUCUUUUAUAUCCUAAGAUUGAGGCUGUACUUGAUUUCUGCCAGGUGAACAGCUUCCAGUUGUCGUCAGUUUGGGAGUCAGAAAUGAUUCAGUACUGACUGCUCUACUUUUUUGGCAUUCUAAAUUUAAAUCUUUGGUUAUGUUUAAAUAUGGAGUCUUCAACUUUUUAAUGGCACCUUGGAUUUUUUUCUUAACCUCCUUCAGUAUAGUUUAUCACCCCUGUUGUAAAUACACAUGUCAAAAUGGUGGAAAAUAAUUUGCCAGAUGAAUGGAUAGGGUAAUACUUUGGGGAACUUAAAGCUAUCCCAGUUUAAUAACGGUUCUGAGUUCCUGGGCUGGAGUCUGGUAGAGAAGUGCAAAGGAUCAAACUCAAAAGACUUAUAGGAUGUAAUUAAAGUGUAUUAACCAAGUCAUUAUUCAAAUUUGUUAUUUUGCCAUAUUGAAGCUUUGAAGGCAAGAACUGCUUCUACUCCCAAGGAAUUUGUACUCAUUCAUCUACAGCUUCAUAAAUAACUGUAAAUUAUUUACAGCUAAACAUUAUUAUUUAUAGCUAUUUGCUAGGUAGUUACAACUAAACAUUAUGAAACAUUUCUAUUUGCAUUUUUCAAUAAAACUUAACUUUUGUAUCAGAUGGGAACCAGUAUACUUAUUGUAUCUUAUAAACUCUUCUAUUUUCUAAGGUAAAUGAGAGAUAAUUCAAAAUUAAAAAUAAAACUAGA